AUGUGGCCGGUGCAGGAGCCGCCGAUUGAUAAAGAACUCGAGGUGGCUCGCAUUCUGUGCGAUCUCGACGAAUUCCACCUCGAGGACGAAUUCCGCCGCAGCAACUUAUCCCUCGUCGCCGGCAUGCCUAGCUGGGGCACCAAGAAGCCCCGCACUCUUCGUCACAAACCGCCCGGUCCUCUCCCUCCCCCUCCCCCUACUCUUCCAAGUCCACCUUCUGUCCCUUCCCCUCCCCUUACUCUUCCAAGUCCACCUUCUGUCCCGCCCCUCCCCCUCCCCCUCCUCUUCCAAGCCCACCUUAUAAUAGUCGGCGGCGACAACGACGACGCCGGGCCGAGCGCAGUGGCGACCUCGGAUCAGGGCAGGCAUACGGUGGAAGACGACACCGGGUCGAACGCGGCGCUGCCCUCACUUCCGGGGAUUCGUCCUGAGCACAACGACGCGGUGGCGACCUCGGGUCAAGGGUGGCAUUCUGUGGACGACGACGUCGGGCCAAGCGCGCCGGCGACCUCCGUUCUGGGGAAUCGUUCUGAGCACGACGACGCGUUGGCAACCUCGGGACAGGGGACGCACAAUGUGGACGGCGACGCCGGGCCGAUCGCCGCGCCGCCCUAG